AUGAAAGUACUGAUUUUUGUACUGUUGACGACGCUUGUUUUGCUCACGUGUGUUUUGGCACAUCCUAUACUACAAACAAUAGUCAUCAAUGGACACGAAUGGAUUGUACCUAACGAGCCUGGUUGGGAAGAAGUUCUUACAGAAGCAGAUGCCCUUCGAGAAUUAUAUUAUCGCAAUUGUCAAUCUAAUACAGAAUGUAGAGGCGCAAUCGAUCUAUUAGAAAAAGUGUUUUCAAAGUAUCCCGUAUCAGCAAAAUACAUAACAGAUGAAUCGAGCAUUGCUGAUAGAAUAUUCAAAUGGGGAAGAUAA